AUGUUGAUGUUGUUUGCCAAGUCGACAUCCAACUACCUCACGGUCUGCGUUGCAAUCGAGCGGUUUAUAGCUGUCUGCAGACCGUUAAAGGCAGCCUCGAUCUGUACAAAUCGAAACGCUUAUAUCACAGUUGGAUGUGUGUUAAGCUGCUCAUUUGUAUCCGUCAUUCCACUGCUGUUUUCCUACUCGCUCAAGUACUACUACGAUCCUUGCGUUGGCAGGACAAGACCAAAAGUGACGUAUUCUGAACUUUAUAACCAUCUGGUUUACCAAAUUUUUUAUUAUCGAGGCCUUGCAUUUUUGGUUGUUUCUUUAUUGCCAAUGAUUAUUUUGAUACUCACCACUUAUAAUGUGUUGAAAUCUCUCAAGGCCUCGAGGAGAAAGACUGACAUGGCAACGAGAGGUUUAGACAGCCGACGAAGAGGAGCAAAUACAGCCACAAUACGGGUGCUGGUGGUCGUGAUAGUAUUCCUUUUACUAGAGACACCAAAGGCUGUGCAUGACAUAGCUUAUAUUUUAAAAGAGUUAACAUCUUUUGGUAUUGAUUACGUUUGGACAAAUCCUUUAUACUACAUUUCCCGUUUUUUGACCUAUUUCAACAGCUUCGUUAAUUUCUUCAUUUACUGCGCAACAGGCAACCGUUUUAGGAAAUGA